AUGAUUUCAACAAUCGGCACAACAACAAUUCAAACAACAGCACCAAACUCGUUAGUCAUGAAUCCAACAUCUAUGUUAGUAGAAAUGAAAAGCUUCAUUCCUUCUUCAUAUACUUUCGAAACAAAAAUCCAGAAGAUAAAGCAAGAACUUUUAACAAGUAAUUUAGACUGUAGUGCGAAAGAUGAAACAAAUGAAGAAUAUCUUUAUGAAAUGCAGGACAUUAUUGACCAUUUGCCUAAACUACCUGAAAUCCAACAACAAAAACUCACUAUUCCUGAAUUCGACGAAAUUGAAGUGAAACCAACUGACUCAGUAGAAAUAAAGAAGUUCAUACGUAAGGUAAAUUAUGAAUUCCUUGGUUUUCAUUGCAACCAUAA